CCCAGGCGCGGGUCCCGCGUGCUGGAGCGCGCCCUCGCCUGCUGCAGGUGGGCGGCAGAAGUCCGGGCGGCGAGGCUCAGCGCGGCUCCCCGCGCCGGGGGUACCCGAGCCGGGCAGCGGCCCGGGACCUGCCCCGCGACCUCGCGGGGAGAGCCGGGGCGCAGGAGACAGACGGCCCGCGCUGUGCCUGUCAGCCAGGGGGCCGGCCGAGCUAGCAGGGAGGCUUGAGGAAAUCGAUGUGAAACUGAACAGGAAAUCUUAGUUGAGGAGCGCAAGCUGUGUGGAUCAGCGUGGGUCUGCGCGGAAGCUGAAGUUACUGGAAACUGUUGGAAAAUACAUCAAGUCUCACACUCAGGUGCUCCUGGAACCAUGAACAACAAUGGAACAGACCCGGCCAUCGGAUACAUCUGCUCCUCCAUAGCUAUUCUUUUGUUUGGCUCAAACUUUGUGCCACUGAAAAAAUGUGACACUGGUGAUGGUAUGUUUCUCCAGUGGAUCCUUUGUGCUGCCAUAUGGUUGGUUGCCUUGGUGGUCAAUCUGAUACUGCAUUGCCCUAAGUUUUGGCCUUUUGCAAUGCUUGGGGGCUGCAUUUGGGCAACAGGGAACAUUGCUGUUGUCCCAAUUAUCAAAACCAUUGGUUUAGGCCUUGGAAUCUUAAUCUGGGGAUCAUUUAACGCCUUGACUGGCUGGGCAAGCUCAAGGUUCGGCUGGUUUGGAAUGGAUGCAGAAGAAGUACCAAAACCACUGCUGAAUUACAUUGGAGCUGGACUAUCAGUAGUAAGGCCAUCAGCGGGAAGCUGGAUCAGAAGUGGAGCAGUGGGAACUUGAACUGGUACCCCGCAGGUGGCAGCCUAACCCACUUCACCACAGCACCAGCCUUCUUUGUGACUGUUUUUAAGAAAAAAUAAGACUCAAACACAAGCACUGUGAUACUGCAGCAGCUGCUGGGUGCCUUUGGGUGUAAGGUGUAUACAUACAUGUGCACACGUUAUACAAAUGGAUGAUUUGUGUCCAGGCAGCACAAUAACAUAGCAUGGCAUCACAUUUCAUCAUACUACUCGGAACAUUGUGCAAUUUAAAACUUAAAAUUUGCUUAUUUCUGGAAUUUUCCAUUUAAUUUUUUCAGACCAUGGUUAAUCAUGGAUAACAGUGGGGACACCAGUACUCACUCUGUUAACUGGUUUCCACUUUGUGUCUCCCCACUUGUUUUUGGCCCAACUAGAUAAACAGUCUCUCCCCUGUGAAAACUCCUACUUUUCUGAGGUAUCUGUUUUUUUGGAUGUGUGUGUGUCUAGUUGCAUGCACUCUAUAAAUGGGAUGAAAAUGACUGAAUCUCUAUGUGGCAAUGUCGUCAAUAAAACCUAAAGGGAAUUAGGUCACCUUAAAUUUAGUCCCUUUUUCUCUCUGAACUCCGUUUGUAUUCCCUGUCAGUACCACACAUAAUGAAUGGCACUGCCUGCAAAGAUUUUAGUACCUUUUAUUCUUCAAAGAAAGAACAGUGUGUUUUCCUUCCUCCAGCAAUGAUAGCUUUUCCCUGGCCUCAUUCUGGAGCAGGAGCAGUCUCUUGUCAUUGAAAUGUUGCCUUAGGGAGUGGUCCCAGGCCUAUAUAGCCUAAGAAACAGACUACGUAGAUUAUUCUGAAGUAGUAGAUUCAGGACACUUUUGAUUAGAGGCACUGUCAUACAGGAUUCUAGCUUUGAUUAGCUUGCUCUCUGUGAAGCACUUUCUUUGUACCCAGAAGUUGAGAUAUGGUAUGCCUUAAUUUUGGCAUAUUAUCUGGUAAUUUGAGGCCUGUUUACCUAGUCGACUAGGCAUUGUUUUUCAUUUUCUAAAAGAAAGUGUACUCUUUACAUUACAAAUUCAUCUUUUGUUUUCUACCUCUUCUGCCUAUUUGACCUUGAGCAGAUCCCUUCAUUUCCUCAAGCCUUGGUUUCUUCUUCUCUAAAGAAAGGAUAGCAACAAGUUUAUCAGCUAUUUUAAGGAUUAAAUUAAAUAAAAUAUAAGUGCAUAGAAUAGUGCUAGGCAUAUCAGUAAUGUUGUGAGUAUAGUUUCCAUUUAUAAUUAUCUUCAUGAGUAAGUGUUCAUGUUCAAUUAAUAUUUCCCCCUUGGGCAUGCGCUCUCCAAAUUUAUGCUACACUGUUCAGUCUUCUUGAGGAAUCUUGGAGUCCAGCUUGAAGCUUGGUAUCAUGGGAAUAUAAUUCUCCCUUCCUGUCACAUGCCCAGGCUCCCUUCCAUGCCUCUCUUAUGGGGAGAGACCUGCAAUCUGUUAGUUCAUGAGUUUAACUUAAAUCAGUUUUUUUCUAAAAGAUGUUCAUUGAAUAAACUUGGAGCUUCAUGGUCAGCAUAAAGAAACUUGGAUUAUGGUUGUCUUGGUUUAGAAUGUUGAUUUUAUUUUUAUAAUUGAAAUUGUUGCUUCCAUCCUCUGUACACUUCAUUAAAGAGUUGGUUAGAUCGUAUCUAGCCCUAUAUUUUCCCUGUUUGGCAUAUAAGACAAGUGCUAGUUGGUGUGUAUAAGAUAAACCAUUCUAGGUAUUUCACAUAGGGGAAAAUUGAACACAGGGAAUUAG